AUGUUUCGCAACCGGUGGCUGCAAGCUUUUCUUUGUGCUUAUCUGCCCGGCCUCGGAGCCUUAGAGUCUGGGGAGCAUGUCGAUCUCCUACAGCGGACGCUCAUUUUGAACAAGGAUGCCGGCGCCGGUGCCCUUGCCACAGGAAGCAGUUCUGGCAGCACUUUGUCACCUUUGCCAAUGACUUGGUUUCACAUCACGCAGGGCGGCAGCAUUGCGAACAUGCUUCUUCACAUGCCUGGCUUCUGCCCUGGAGUGCCUUCGGACGUUUCAGUUGGCAAGGACGACUUCGGGGGGAGCUGCUACCUCAAGCAUUUCAUUGAGGCUUGCCCGGGCAUAUGUGACCCAACACACUUCCGGUGCCCGCCCAGCCUCGCAGAGUGCGUGGGCAGCCGGUACGCCGAGCAGAAAGGGCACCUGGUGGGAAUGUUCCGGCAGCCAGAACAGCGCAUACUCUCUGAAUAUUACGACUACAACCAAGAACUCUUCUUUCCAGGUGCACCGCUUCUUUGCAACUACACGCAGAAUCCGGGCGAUCCGGGAGCGCUUGCGCCAGUUUCCCCGCUGGAGUAUGCGCGGGGGGUCAGAGGUGAAGUCGUCUACCAGCUGCUGGGAGAGUGCAGUCCGGGGGAUCACAUGCUGGGGAAUCGGUGGGCGUCGAGCGAUGAGUGGAGGACUCAGAGCAACGCCGAAGAGGCUGCCCGGCGCGUGCGCGAGGGCUUUGCUUUCGCAGGCAUCAUGGAGGAGUGGAACCUUUCGAUAUGCCUGUUUCACAAGAUAUUCGGAGGCUCCUGUAGAGCAGAUGACUUUGCAAACGAGCAUCCCACGCCGAAUGCUAACAAGACUGCCGAGGGUUUGUAUGACACGGCCCCGUUGCAGGGCUUUCGUGAUGACCUGGACGGGAUCGUGUACCAACAGGCGCUGCAGUCUUUCAGGCAGAACUUGCUGAAGUACAACGUGUCCGUCGAGUCAUGUCAGUCUUGUUUUGCAGAAGCUGGCACGUAA